CUGCGUUGCGUUGCGUUGCGUUGCGAUGCACGCAUACACACACAGUUACCGUAAUUAAUUAAUAGAGCAUUUAUGACAGUGAAUUAAGACUCGUGAUUACUGCUUGCGCUAUCUUGUAUGGAAUAUACUUGCGAUCUCGAGUAACAAUCGGUGACGGGCAAGAUGAUCAAGUACCUCAAGUCAGCGUUUUAUCUCGGCGGAGGGACUGCACGAACGUCGACAACUAUUAACUUUAAUCUAAUACGGCCUGGAGACCGAUAAUGAAGUACAACGAUACCGCUCGGAAUUCGAUUACGCGAGAUGCUGUUGUCUGCGAGCGACCAUGAGGAAUAUCGCCGGCGGAGAAAGGAAAAGCGCGAAAUAGUCGUUCUAGAGUGUGUAUAACGAAAAAAAAAACAAGUAUCACUCGUCUUAGUCAUCUUUGACGGGUCAAGAUACGAAGGAACCUGUGAAUGUUCGAGUAAGAAGAAGAAUGGACGAAGAAUUCUCAAUGGAAGACGCAAGUAGAAUUGAAACGAGCGAUUCUGAAGUUUGAAUAACUUGCCUUAUUAUGUACUGAAGAAGAUCGUCGCUCGUGAAUACACGUUAAUAAAGAAUUCAGUUGCUUGAUCAGCUAUGGAAAGUCUACGAGAUCUUCCUACGUCCACGUCUCUUCGUGGGUGAACGUGAUCUUCGCAACGCCUGAGAAAACGACUGCGAGUAACAUGGAGUCGCACGAGUGCCGCGAUAAAUCGAUCGCUCUUACGGCCAACGAACCUCGCGGAUGCUGCCAAUGCGGACGCGGCUCCGCGAACUCGAGGAGUUCGCGCUGCUUGAGGAAACACACGUCAGGAUGCCCGAAGUCUCGAAGGAGGUCCGACGACGAAGACGAGAGAGAGAAAGAGGAAGAAUCAGGCGAAGCAAUUGAGACCAACUCGUGUUACGACAAGUUCGCUUUGGCGAAGAGGCUGCACGCAGAGAACCUGCAGCAUCAGCCGCUCCCGGAUAAGGUGGACGACCGCGUGUUCAAGAAUAUGACGGUUGCUGCGCACAAACAUCGUGCUUGCUCGGCCACCUGCGAAGCGAAGUAUCGAAAACAAGCGAACAUCCUGACGAGACGAGAUCGCUUCGCACCCGCGCUCGGCUACAAGGAGCCGAAGACCAGGAUGGACUUGGCGAUUUGCUGGGAAACUCCGGUCGACCCCGUGUACGAGCCACGCCGGUCGACGCACAUCGACGGUUCCGAGGGCGGCUCGGCGCCGGCGAUCUUCGCUCUGAUCCAGCACACGCCGGUACCGAAGAACCGCGAGCUCCUGGCUCAUAGCCAAGAAGAGGGCGACCACGGCAAGUGCGGUUGCGCGGCCGAGAAGGAAAAACCACAGACAAACUCGAAGUCGAGGGAUCGAUGCUGCUGCGAGUGUCUCUGCGACGGCAUGGAGUCAAUCGCAGUGGCAGAGGUCGCGGAACUUGCGCGAGGUAGGAAGCCCGCAAGGGCGAAUUCCGUGCUGCGGAUCACCGAGCGCAGGUGCGCCGCUUGCGUGUCGGAGGAGGAGAAGAAACAACGGGACCCGCGACUGAUCAAGUCCGCCGUGGGGAUCGCGUUGGGCACCGAAAGGAAGUGCGACGACGUCCGCAGGAACGGCCUGCCACCAGCCAAGAUGACGGUGCCGAGGCCGCGAACGCCGUUCGCCAGGAGAGCCUUCUGCAUCGACACCUUGACGCCGCCGUUCAGUGUAGUCAAUGGCUGUCGGGACGCCGAUUAUCCGGAGCACUGGCGCCUUAUGUCUGUAUACCAACAGUCGUACAGGAACCCGCAGAGGAGACGAGCCCGCCACUUCUGACGCGAACCACUUCCGCCGAAUGUAAAACGAUCCAGGCGUCGCAGAUGAACGAGGCGGAAGACAGUUAUUCUAAUUUAAAACGAGGAGGGCAUUCUACAGCGACAGUUGCACUGAUAGUUGCAUUUGAAACUAAUUGAUAAUUGUUAUAUAACGAGAAGUUAUGUCGGCUCUAAAAUUUAAAGAAAAUUAAAAAUCUAAGAAGGACAAAAGAGCCAAAGAUACAGGUGUUAUGCGCUAUAAUUUAAUUACAUCUAUAAUUUUAUGUAAUUAAAGCGCACAACACCUGCAUUUCUGGCUCUUUUGUCCUUCUUAGAUUUUUAAUUUUAGAUAAUUGUUAUGUUAUGGCGUGCGUUUAGUGGGAAACGUGAUCGCUCGAACAUCUGAACGGAACGUUUAUUAUUGUUAGUCGUUGAUUUGUUACAAUUAUGCUGAGAGUUUGACGAUUCUGUUGAAUCAUUUCGUUGUCUCGAUUGUUAAUUAUAUAAAUGACACACUUUUCAGUCCAUUAGAUAAAAUGACGUGAAAACAUCGUUAUAGUUAAUAGUUGAAAAAAUAUGAAAGAUAUAAAUGAAAUAUUUACGGGACGAAUAAAAGGUGAAGAAUACGCACCAAAUGGCACGAUUAGAAUCACCUCGUUUUGAAUACUUCAUUUCUAACGAAACUUUUUAAUCUUUCCAAUAGGAUCACGUGUGCGAUAUCAAGUAAUUAACUAAGUUUACUUUUGGCAGAUGAUUAAAAGGAGUCUCGCGAAGACAUCGAGUUAUCAGAGUAA